AUGCCUCUUGAGUGGGCUGCGUCACCUUACAUAGAAGAUUGUGGGGAAGCGUGUGCUAUGCCUGCCAGCAGCGUCAUGAGUGACCUCGAGAGCCCGAAGUCCGCGACGUCCUCGAGCUCCACAUCUAGUGAGUUCGGCCGCGAAAGACGACAACGCUUCAGCGCUGAGGUGGGCCGUUCCCUUGAAGUCGCCGCAGCAGCUGCUGUGAUUUCUUUGCAGACGGAGCGAGAGAUGAGCAAUGUCUUCCUGAUGGGCCAGGGGCCCGAUCAGCGCCGCCCUCCGCGAUCAAGGCAAGCCUGCUGCUUCUUUUAA